GCCACAUCAACUUGGAGUGGGAUGACAUCUCAAUAAACUGCUGUUUGUUUAUGACAUCCGGCUUUGGCAUCUAAGAUGUAUAAUAAAAGAUCCCUGCAUCACCUCCGAGGCUUUAAGCAGCAAGGGGCACACUCAAUAAGUAAGGUAAGUACAUUGCAUUGAUGUAGUGGGGGCACUACACAUAACAUGCAUAUGUUACAGCUCCAACCUCAGGAUGCUGUGCCACAUCUUUACUAUAAGGUGGGCGUAGGCCACAACAGGUGCCUACAUGGGCUUGCUCUUUCAUGGUCUAGUGCUAAAUCUGAACAAUCAAGACCUGGAACAAAAUGCUUAAUUGCAAUAAAGUUUUUUUAAAAAGGCUUAAUUGCUACCGUACUGAAGCUACUUGGAUUUCUAUUUUUGUGUGUCAACUUGCCAUUCAGGGCUUUCAUAAAAUUGUUGCCACAUAGGGAGUGAGUGACCUUUGAAACUACUCAACAGAACAGCAACCAAAAGUGAAUGACAAACCUGAUGAUAACGUUGUGUGAUGAUAACGUUGCGGGACUGUAACCUCAGGAAAAGGUGCCUCAAAGAUCGCCUCGCCAAUAGUCUACAUUUUACUUGUCUAGCUAACAACGAAGGAAAUAAUUUCUUCACUUUCAAAGGCGGAAUGCUGUCCUUUCUUUCCUCUUUCAUUCCUAGCGGGUUGCUAUUUGAAAUAAGUCCUGUUGAUGGUGUUUUGCAAGGAGUUGUUGGUGCAUGUGGGGUCACAGUGCUUUGCAAUCUACUCAGGACUCACAUAUUCAUUGAGGAAAAGAGGAUAGGGAUCGACAAUGUCUCUGAAGGGAAACCAAGGACUAGUGACAGGGGGUGGGUGCCUGAAGCCUUUCAGUUUUGGAUCCUGACUGGGAUCCUAGCUGUUGUAGGGUCACGAGUUACAUCUCUGGUUGUUCUGGAAUUCUCCUUAAGAGCAAUUUCUGCGCAAAUCACCACAGGAAUGGACUCACCUGAUGGCUAUAUUGAGAAGUUACUUGUUCAGUGCCAAUUCUCUGUGGGCUGUGCACUGAGCUGCAGUCUUAAUUUUCUCCACAAGGAGGCACCCCAUCGCUGGUGGAGUCUUCUGCUUGCUUCAGUUUUGAGCUGGUAUCUGGCCAAACAGACCUCAAGGCUGUGUCAACAUGUAAAAUCACUACUUCAUUUACACAGUUCCCAAAACUACUGUGGUAUCUGCAUUGGACUGCUUAACUGUGGAUCUUCUAUUGUGUCCUAUUUGUGUUGUCUUCUUAUUCUAAUCUUCACCGUGGCUGUGAUAGCUGCUUUAACCUCCAUCCAUCAGCAGUUCUCAUCAGCCACAGAGGCCAUUCGCUUCUGGACACCCUUAGUGAUCUGUUAUAUACUGCUUGUGAUGUAUAUGCAAGAAGACCAGCAGCGACAGCCAGGCAGCCAGACGGCACUUCAAGCAGUGUCAGUGCGAUUGGGAGGCCUACUGCUGCUGAUGCUGAUAGUAGGACAGUGGGCCGACAUGCUGCACAUCAUCAUAUGCUUCUUGGGAGAAGCGAUUUGUCUACUUCCUACUGAAGACAUACUCAAUGCCAUUGAAAAUUUUUCAGCAGAUUCUGAGGGAAACCAUGCUCCGAGAAGAGACAGAAAACAUUUCAAACACACCAAAGAUCAAUAGGAUUGUCAUGAUAGCUGAUUUGAACAUGUGUCUAAUAUACUUGUAAUAUUUUUCUUUACAAAUAUUUUUACACUAAAUUACUGUAUUUCUAGGCAUAGGCUACUUAAGAUAAAUAAAGCAUGAAAGACAAUCUGUUUGUUAUUCCUCUCGAUGUGUGUGUGUGUGUGAGUUUCUGUGUGUCUAGUCUUUUAUUUCUAGAUGCCUCGGAGACCAGUCUUUGUUUUGAUCAUUUGAUGUACUUCAUCAGACUUGGCAUUGUCAAGAGGACAUUUCUGUGAAAAGCACAGUUUGAUUAGCCCUCUGCAUUUCACUGAACUUUCCACUGGAAUUAUGUACACUGUGUUCAUUCUGUAAUGUUCUGCAAUUUUUCAGGACAAUGCACAUUAAAAUAAGUAAACCAAAUGGCUUUU